CUGCAAUGUCGCAGCACGCACUUUCAAUACUGUCAGACAAUGCUGUCAUCCGGUGUUGGGCUCAAUGACACGAUGUCAUCACUGAUGUUCAAGGACUACACUGUCUUGUAUAACUGGUUCCUCUAUAAAUGGGGAUUAACGCCGGGAAAUACUGCGAAUAUGCUGAACGUUUGCAACUCGCUCGAGACUUUCAAUGGCUGCAUGUUCGAUGACAAAGGAUGCUUCCAAGUUGAAAAUCUCAUGAAACAGUCGGACUUAAACAGUGCUUUUGCAAUUGAUGGAACUCUCGCCAUGUAUCAAUUUAACUGUGGUCCCGGAAUCAACACUCUGCUCCACGAAGGUUUGGCAUGUGCCCAAAACAUUAUCAGCGGUUAUCAAAACUAUCUUCAAACAUGUGUCGUAACAUACAUGUCUUCAGUAAAGUAUGACUCCAAGAACGGUUGCAAAUAUGUGAAAAACUUGAUAAAUUGCUGGUCAUCGCCAUUUGGAGGUGGCGGUAGCAUGGCAACACCGGACUGUCGCCGAGCUGGAGCCGCCGAUACGUGGUGGGCCUGUGAGGCCAACCGCGUGUUCACCCUGAAUCAAUUCCCAAAUUGUGGAUACACUUGUGAUGUUCAACAGCAGACCACUGCCUUAGCUGAUCAUCUCAAGACACAUCACAAGAUUGAAAAUGGAGUACACCAUUACAAAAUCCCCAACUACAUUUCGCUGGUCAACGAAAAGGUUGAGACAGUUGAAGGUCCAUGGAUGCACAAUUAGAUCAACU